UUGUUGAGAAGACAGUGGUCGCAAGAAGAAUAUAAUUGCAGACAGUCAGUAAACUACAUUUGGAACAUUCUAAGAAUAUAAUCGCAUCGCGACGGCUAAAUGAGUGAGAGUCUUGUUAUCUACUAUGUGACAAACGUAGUUUACAAUUGCUGGUAUAUGAGUGAAUGGAUUAAGUAGCAAAAUUAGAAUGACGAAAUCAGCUGCGUGACGAAGACAGUACAGUUUUGUUUACAUUAGUCGUGCACUAUCGUGGCUCGCCGUCAAAGCUGAACAGUAGCAAACAAACUAUUUUGUGGAUACAAACGAACAUAUGUACAUAGAAAAAAUGUCCUUGUGACAAAAUGUACUUCUUUUCAUUUCUACAAUUGUUAGUUGCAGUAUUUGGACGAUAAAACGAGUGAAAUGUAAUGUUAAUCUUUCAUAACCACCGCUUUUUAGUGAAAAAUGUGCAAGUUGAUAAUUAUACCAAACCAAUGAAGGAAUGCAAUGGAGUUUAUUCAUUAAAACCUUUUUACUUGCGCUGAAUAGUUAGACAGUGAUUAAAUUAGUACCAACAGUGAAAUGGAGGAUGUCAUCUAACAUCAAAUCGUAGUGCUGCCAUAUAAUAGGAAUAGUUACCACCAAUAAAAAUAUUGCUUAUCUGUGUUGAUGAGCAAUCCACCAGUAUGAACGAUUCCGAGGAAGUUCCUAAAAACGUCUCUCCACCACCACCACCACCACCAUCGCAAUCAUCGUCAGAUCAAAAUCUUAAGAAAAUGGGCAUUCCGGAUACACAGUCUGAUUUCAACCAGUGGCUACAUGCGAUGAAAAUGGUAGCGCGACUUCCCGGAGGAAUGCCUCCGGAUUUUCGCCGCAAGCUUUGGCUGGCCCUCUCGGAUCGUUAUCUACAAGCGAAAGGAAUUGACUGGGAAGAAGAGAGUAAAAAAUAUCUGAGUGAGCAGUCAUGUGAAGAUGAUGAAGAACUAGGUAUUCAAAUAGUGAAGGAUCUCCAUCGAACAGGGUCUAGUUUAUGUACCGGUCCAUCCGGUGUGCUGAAUCAGGCUAAACUAAAGCGAGUGUUACUAGGAUACUCGAGAUUUAAUCCAGAAGUCGGUUAUUGCCAAGGAUUCAAUAUGCUUGGUGCAUUGAUUCUUCAGGUUAUGGAUAGAAACGAAGUGGAUUCCAUGAAAGUAAUGAUUUUUCUAAUAGAAGGACUACUUCCGACUGGUUACUUUUGCGGUUCUCUCGGCGGGCUUCAAGCGGAUAUGGCAGUGUUUCGUGACCUAUUAGGAACAAAGCUACCUAAAUUGGCCCGUCAUUUACAAAAGUUACAAGGACCUGAAUGUGCUUUUGAACCACCUUUAACCAACGUAUUUACGAUGCAAUGGUUCUUAACAUUAUUUUGUACCUGCUUACCCAUUCCUUCAGUACUGCGCAUAUGGGAUUUGAUUUUAAUCGAGGGUAGUGACGUUUUACUGCGAGCUGCUUUAGCAAUUUGGGGCUUAUUGGAGAGUCGCAUUUUACAAACAAAAACUGCUGAUGACUUCUAUUGUAAAAUGGGCGCACUUUCAUCUGAACUUGUUAACGGAAAUCUUAUCAACUGUAAUGGACUCAUCCAAAGAAUUGUUGAUAUCGGGCCAAUAACGGAUUUAGAGCAUCUGCGUGAAAAACAUUUGACUUGUAUAACCCAAUUGAAUGAAUCUUCUAAUCUUAGGAUAUUUUACUCUGACGAUGAAUGUGAAUCAGACGAAGAAUCCCGUCUAACAGUGACUGCAACUGCAUGGGGUCUUCGUUCCGGUAGAAGGGCUUCUUUGGGUUUCACAACCAAUAUACGCAACUCUGCUGAAGGAAAAGAGAAAAUCAAUCUUGAUAUAUCUCUAUUAAAGAAACAGUAUGUCAAAUUGCGAGAGCGCCAAAGACAAGCUCAUAUUAUCUUGACUGCUGCGGUAGCAAGACAACCUACUACCAGCCCUCAAGGUAGCAGCUCACAGCAGAUACAACAGCUUUUGCUUGGUAAAAAUGCUAUACUAAGUAGUAAGGGGAAACGGUUGGGUCCACCUCAAGGUGCUGUACCUCCCGCACGUAUUCCCAAAACAAGUAAGCAACCCAAAUUGAGUACUCCUAAAAUAACCGAAACUUUGCAUUGGAAGGACAUGGAUGAGAGACAGCGACGCGGUAGCAUUAAUUGGAAAGAUAUGCCAAAGGAUAAUAAAAAAACAGCGAUAAAAGAUGAUUCUGAUUUGGCAAAACAGGAACCAUCAAGGUUGAUCAAAUCAUUAAGUGCGUCUUCAGCUAUUAGUAACUUAUCUGAAACUGGAGUCAAACGGCCUAGCGAAUCCUCUUCCUACAGUGAAGAAUCUGAUGUUGAUUCGAGUACCAGUACUUCACUGUGCGAUGACGAUAACCAAUUAUUCAGUGCUUCUUCUCUUGAAGCUUCUCCAAUGAAACGACGUCUAACGCCAGAUAGCAUCCAAGAAGUGCCUGACGAAGAACAAAUGGUUGUGGUCGCUGAUGAUGCGUUGAUCUACGACAGCUCAAAUCUUCCUAAUAUUCCAAGUGCUGGACUAACUCUAUCGGAUAUUGCAGAAGAAAGUUUUUCCGAGUCACAAAAUAAUUCGGAUAAUGUCAAACACGGUCCAAACAAUCAAAGACAAGAAAUCAAUGGUUCUAACAACAUUGUGAAGCAUAGAUACCCCGAUUUGGUAUUACCUAGCCCUUCGAAAGACAAAUCACUCUCAAUUGCGAUUACAAGUACGAGCCAAUUGUCUCCAAUACCUGACAUAUGUCAUUAUGUGAGUACGUCUACGAUAAGUCCACUAAGGACCCCAUCUUCAAUUAAGGAAUAUUCUGACUAUCUGAACAAUAUACCUUUGGAGAACAACGCAGCAAAUGAAACUUCUAGCGAUGUUCUUAGAAGCAACAUGGAGUUCAACGUAAAUGAGGAAGGAGUGACUAAUCAGCUUUUUGAAAGAAUCAAUGCAGCUGAGCGUCCAAAUAAAUUAGAUUUAAAUGUGAUUAAGGAAAGGAAAGUUAGUGAAUCUUUAACUAACACGACUGAAAGCAUAAUGGAUCACAGUGACAACACAUCUAAACUAGAUAAUUAUAGCUUUACAAACGCAUCAAAUAGGUCCUCAAUAUCCGCAUCAUUUAUGUUAGAAUUACCAAUAGGAACUGCAUUGCACAGCGAUGCACCACUUCUGCCAUUAAAUACUGAUAUUUCAACUAUUCCGUCUAAACUGUCUCCAGUUACUCAUAAGGGUCAUAGAUAUCAGAUAGUAGAUGCCACGACUCCGUCACCCAAAACUAGUCCAAACGAUGACAAUGGAUUUUUUACCAGUAGAGUGAAAUUCUUGAAAGAAAAGUCCUUUUCAAUGGAUGAUCCAGUCAAAAACGAUGAAAUCCUCCAAGAAGACAUCGCCAAAAGAUCCGCUUCAGAAGGUUUGGUUGCAGCCGAUUUGAACUCGUAUAAAUGCAGUAAAAUGUCAGAAAUCAUAAAAGAAAACUCGCUAAUUUUAGAUCGCAUUAUAAGAAAACCUAACAGAAAUGAUAAUAGCUGCCUGGAAGAAAAAACUAAUUGUGGUGACAAUCAGAGCGUGGACGUGCACGAGAGAAAAUACCAAGAUUUAAGCACAACCGAUGUGUCAUCACAAUCUAAAAUUAUUGAUCAUACCAACAAGACUCUAGAUAGUACUAAUUCUAGAAUAAUAAAUACUACUUGUGCAAUAGUUACCAACGAACAGACACGGUUACCAUCGAAUUUAGUUUGUCCACAGUUAUCUGAUUUUCAAACUAUCAAUUCAGGAAUUGAAAACGUUGCGAAGGUUAUUACAAAUCACAAGACAAUAAUCGGGCAGGCUUCACAAGAAAACGACGAAGAAGCAGGAACAUACAACGAAGGUAUUGAUUGUUAUAACAUGUCCAACCAAACCAUAUCCAAAACGGAUCUUUUGAUUAAACGUACAGAAGAGCAACUUGCACGCUUUAAAGCCCCAGAACAAAAUGUAUAUUAUGUACGGAAAGACAAUUUUCGAGAAAUCGUUACGCCAAAAGGGGAAAAAGAAUCUCCAUUGACCGAAAAUGAAGAUAAUGUUGCUCCAUUAACUGUUCCUUCAAACAAUGUUUCAAGUGAGACAAUGAUGCAGGGCACAACGAUGGAGUCAUCAGUCCCAAAGGAUACAGUUAGUCACAAACCAGAUAUGGAUAUACAGUCAAAGGCCACAUCCGCGACAGCAGACACAAAUCUGUAUGAGCUUCCAUCUUCUGAAAAUUUUGAAGUUAAUAUGACCUUCGCUGCAAUAGACACUAGGUCUUCUUCAGCAUCUAAAACAGACGAAUUAAUAAAAAAAGGAGAAGAACAAUUGGCCAAAUUCAAAAAUCAUGACAAGAAAGUUUUAGAGCGGCUAGAGAAACGACUCUCUUUAAUUGAUUUUAAACCAGAAGAUAUAAUUUCAAGUGGAACAGAGCAUGCUGAAAGAAAACCGUGCAGUAAAACAGAGGAAGUUAUUAAAAAAUCCGAAGAGCAAAUCUCACGCAUUAAAAUCGAAAGUCCGUUUAUUACAAAAAUAUUUCCUAGUCGUCAAUUUGACGAUGAAUUAGCAUUUAUCGACGUAAUGUCGGUUUCCUGUUCAUCUAAAACUGAGGAGAUUAUUAAAAAAACCGAUGAGCAACUUGCUAGAUUUAAAGCUGCUGCUGAAAGUAAUGCUGAGAAAAGAAAAAGCCGCCACGAAAUCAAUGAGUUGCUGCAAUUGAAAGUAGAAUCGCCAGAUUCAUUGAGCAGGUCUUCUGAUUUUUCAUAUCGUUUUGAAAAUAUAUCAACACGAGAUGAAAACGAAGCUAUCAUAAUAAAAAACGCUCAAGCUGAGCUAUUGAAAACGAUAAAAAUGCCUGAUGAAGUCAAAAGUUCCAAGACUGACGCAAUUAUCAAAAGAAUCGAAGACGGGAAAAUCAAGUUAGGAGAUGAUUACAUAACUACAAUCAAAACGAUAGAUUAUCUCAAGCAAUCGAAUGCUAAUUUAUCUGCUACUUUAUCUUCGAUUGAGAGCUCAAUAAAAGCAAUCGAUGGACUGUGUGAUCACGACUCGGAAGUUCAGUCUAAUAGAAUAAACGAUACAAUCCAUAAUUUGGAAAAAUCUCUAAGACAGUUCGAUAGUUUCCAUGUCGAAACUCCUCUGGUAUUGGUUCACGAUUGCUCGAAUAAUAAUCGUUGUAGACCAUCAUCAACCAACAGACCCAGUAGAUCACGUAAACGAAGGGAAUAUUCACCACGGCGUAAAAAAGGAAAAGAUCGUGACGAAAAGGGCACAUUGCAUAACCAAAUAGAUAACAGCACAGAGUACUCUUCUGAUAAUUUAUCAUCAGACAGAGAAUCACCGAAGACUUAUACUUUUCAUUCGUAUUACAGUACUUCACCUCCGAUCACACCUAGAGUUGUUUCACCGGUUGCAAAUCCCGAUGAGAAUGAUAAGUUCACCAGGCGACCGUUCUGUUUCAAAAGUACGUCCCACGAUCGAUACCUCUUGCAAAAGAAUGUGCAAUUUCUUAGGUUUGAUAAGUCACCAUCAUCUCCAAUAAUUCCUAAAUCUUGUCUCGAAUCACUUAUUCCUGCCACUCCAAUUGCAUCAGGUCGUACUACACGGUCUGCCGAAAACUCUCCAUCGUUUCACACUCAAAACAUAGGUGCGCACUCAGCCACAGCACACAAUACAACCAGUAGUGUUCAAGGCAGCUCAAUGCGUCAACAAUCCAGACAGUGCGAAAAUGAUUAUUCACACCUUAAUAAAAGCUGUGAAAAUAUCUUGAUGCGACUUGACCGCAAAAAUAUAUCGGCCAUUGCUGGUAGUUACCCAGUUGCGAGUACUCUCUCUCUGUCACCCACAAUGUCUAUGAACCAAGACACGACGCUGCAUUAAAUUUCAAAUUUACAACGCCGACAAAUAAAAAUUUUCACUGGUUUUUCAUUCACGGCUAUAAUUGAAUUUAUUUCAUAAUUAUUUUAACUGUGAUAUAUAGCUAGCGAU